AUGUCCCGUCCUCAAUGGCAGGGUUUACUUCGCGCGCAAUGGAUCUCGUCAUUCAGAAUGGCUCGCACACCCAGUCGUGUACCUUCAGCGCGUGUUGCAUUCUCGACCUCGGCGUGCCGGGAGCUCAUGGAGAUGACCGGUUUCACCGAAGAACAACUCACUGUUAGAGAAGCUAUUUCUCACAUAUGUUCCAAAUUCCCCAACACAUUUUGGCAAGAGCGCGAUCAGCAGGAGAAAGACCCUAAGGAGUUCCACGCAGCUUUGGCUAAAGAUGGCUGGCUUGGUAUCGCUUUGCCCGAGUCUCUUGGGGGAGCCGGACUAGGAGUUUCGGAGGCCACAAUGAUGAUGCAGACCAUCACGCAAUCCGGCGCUGGAAUGGCUGGUGCUCAGGCCAUUCAUGCCAAUGUCUACGCGACUCAACCACUGGCUAAGUUCGGCACAAAAGAGCAGCUAGAGACGACGAUUCCCAACAUAAUAAACGGAACCUGCCGGAUAUGCUUUGGUGUAACCGAGCCCAACACAGGACUUGAAACCCUCAAACUCAAGACCCUUGCAACUAAGACCACGGAUGGAUAUUCCGUCACGGGUCAGAAGAUCUGGAUUACCUGCGCCCAGGUUGCUUCGAAGAUGAUUCUGCUAGCUCGAACUACUCCUCUAGAAGAAGUGAUGAAGUCAUCUGAAGGUCUCUCCAUGUUUUGCAUCGAUCUCAACCGCGAUAAUCCCGGCUUGGACAUGCGCAAGAUUAAGAAGAUGGGCGGCCGGGCCGUGGAUGCCAACGAAGUGUUCUUUGACAACUAUCAAAUUCCGGCCAAUGCAUUGAUCGGAGAGGAGAACCAGGGAUUCAAGAUUAUUCUGCACGGCAUGAACGCCGAGCGCUGUUUGUUAGCAGGCGAGGCACUAGGUCUCGGGUACGCCGCACUGGAGAAAGCAUCCCAGUACGCCAAAGAUCGGGUAGUAUUUGGUCGGCCGAUCGGGCAGAACCAAGGUGUAGCCCAUCCUCUGGCCGAUGCAUACAUGAAACUGGAAGCGGCGAAACUGGCCACCUAUCACGCUACACGGCUCUACGAUACAAACGACGGAUCAGUCCCGUUCCAGUCAAUCGGAGUGGCCUGCAACAGUGCUAAAUAUCUGGCUGCGGAGGCAGCCUUUACAGCGUGCGAGCGUGCCGUCUUGGCCCACGGCGGAAUGGGCUAUGCAAUGGAAUACGACGUGGAACGAUAUUUCCGCGAAUGUCUCGUGCCUCGGAUAGCCCCAGUCAGUCGCGAGAUGAUCCUGAACUAUGUCAGCGAGAAGGUACUUGAGCUGCCAAGAAGCUACUAG